AUACUUUCGGCGCUACACUCGCCAUCGGAUGAUGAGCACGACGAUCAGAGUACGGAAACAAUUACAGCACCAGCCGCUGAACUUACGUUCGGUGAACACCUUCAAGAUCUUUUACCCUACAUUGAUAGCCAAUGCGAACAGUUUUCACCAGAAUGCAAACUGCGUUGCGAAUCAACGCGGAACAGUAUUUAUGGUGAAGUGGAAGCGCUGGAAGGGAAUCGGCUUCGAAACAGUCGCUUCUCCUACGAUUCACAAAAAUUUUUGAAUGUCGCAAACGAUUUUAGCAGCAAAAAUGUAACGAAUGGGCGAAAUGUUGUGGAACUGCUGAAGGUUAGAAGAAUAAUGCAGAGGGAGCAGUCACGAGGACAGAUUAUCAAGAAAGCAGUUCGAAAAAUACGACGUGAACGAAAAGCUACUGUGACUUUGGCUGUAGUGCUCGGUUAG